AUGGGGGGCGGCGUGGCGUGGUUCGGUGGCGUGGGAGAUGAACCGGUUUUUGAGACGAUGGUGCGCGGAGAGGAGGUCGGGAGGUUCAUGGACGCCGUGGGAGCGCUCGCGGCGGCGGACGUCGCGAAAGCGUUCGCGGAGAGGCGUGUGGUCGAUGAUGACGCUGUGGUCGAGGAUGAGGGGGUGGAGACGGAUGGUGGUGAGCGAGACGCGAGCGCGAGAGACGCGAGCGCGCAGACGGAGGACGGAGGGGCGUGCGAGGCGUGCGAACGGCGCGAGAGCGAGCUCGGACGCGCGCGGAGGGAGAUACGAGCAUUGAGAGUCGUUAACCGAGGUACUGCGGUCGGACGACGGCGCGGGACGGUGCGAUGCGUUCGGGCACAGCGGGAGACGGAGGCGCCGGCGGUUCGGUCAACAGCGAGCGCCGACGUCCAAGCGCCGAGACGGACGAGCGAGGCGACUGCGCCCAAGGAUACGGUUGUGCACGAGAAAAACUUCAGAGAAGACGAAAAGGCUUUGCGGGCGAAGAGGCGCCACGCGCUUCGAACGGCUGUCAUGGCGAAGAGGAGUCGAGCGCGAAGAGCUGCGCGAGAAGCGGCGGAGUCAGCGCGAGCUCGCGAGCGUGAACAACCGCGGCAACAAACGAAAGCGGCGUGGAACGAUUCCGUCGAUGUCAACGCGGAGCCUCGUAAAAAAACGAACGAGGAGUACUUUGACGCACUUCACAAGCUCGUUGUGGCUCAGGAGAAGGAAAAUACGAAGGAGCGAUUGAAGCGGUUACAGAAGGAGAGACGGCGUCGACUCGCGCAAGAAGCCACUGCGGCCAAGUUCCGAAUCGCCAAGCACGCACCGCCGCGCGUGAAGAUUCCUCUAACACCGCGCUCUAGCGUUGACAGUACGUCAUCGUUCAUUUCUUUUGAGUCAGCAGUCACGGACGCGUGUCAUGGCGUCGACGCGCUUGAGCUCAACUCGUGA